UUACAGCCCUGGAAUCUCUUCCAGGACAACAGGUUGUAUCAGACCCCACCCUGCUGGGGAAUGUACCUGUCACCGUCCAGGUGAAAGGGUUGUGCUUGCUGCAGCCUAUCAGAAGAAGGUAGCUGGCUGAACAGGCCAAGGAAGGAGAGCUGGAAGUUACACCUGUUGCCUGGCAGCCCGUUGCUGUUGGAAGAGAAAGGCCAAAUUUUACCCUUGGGCCAUAUCCCAGGACCUGCCAUGUCAGCCUGAUUCCAAUGGAAGGAGAGUGUGGUGCAACCUCAGCUGCCAGCUGGGAACUCAGGCAAAGGUGGAGAGGUGGCUGAAUUGUGCCUGAAGUUGGUGAUUACUUGUCAUCUGUGGAUGAAAUAACUAGGACAAGGAGGGGCUGGAGGACUCAGUACCAGCCACUCCCCAUGACACUCUGGAGGUGCGUCAGCUCACCGCAGUGGACACUGCAGAUCAAGCUCUGUUAUCCUGCCCCUCAGCCAUAGUCCUUCCUGGUGCAUCCUCUGGCAUACAGCCCAAAACUCUCUAGGGGAUGCAGUGAUGGGCACCCCUGCUGUACUGGAGCUCUGACAUUCAGUGGCCACAGGGCAUCAGAGGGCAAGAACACAAGCUGCCUGCCUCCCAAGGAAAUGCCACAGCCUUCACAGCUGCUGUGGCUUUGACCACCCCAGCCAGGGAGCUGGUGCCAUCUGUGUGAUCAUCGCAGCAUCCAGCCUAUAGGCCCCUCAGGCACCCACUAUGCCCGAGCUGGAGCAGCUCAGUGUGCCCAGGCCCCCUGCGGAAGCUGGCCGUAUUCAGAGGAACAUCCUUGAGGAGCAUGUUGAGCUAUGGUGGUUCAAGGACCCUAAGAAAUCCAUCUUGUGCUAUGGGGUGGCUGUGGUGCUAAUUCUGGCCUGCGGGACAGGGGGCAUCAUCCUCCUCUAUAGCACCAGCAGCCGGUCCGGGGAGUGGCGUCUGGCUGUGGGCACCACGCUCUGCCUCCUGGCCUUGCUGGUGCUCCUGAAGCAGCUGCUGAGCUCUGCUAUCCAGGACAUGAACUGCAUCCGGAGCCGGAACCAGAUUGAACUGCUGAAGAGUGGUGGCUUUUCGGACUGUGUGGUGCUGCUGCUCAGUGCCCUGGUGCUGCUGGUGUGUGGCGUGGUCCUCACUGUCCUCUCCACCACGACCAUGCAGCUCAGCGCCUCACGGCCUCUGGCCAGCAUGUUCACCAGUGGAGUCAUCCUCAUGACUGCUGGUGCUGUCAUUCUGUUCUGCCUGCUGCUUUACGUGCUCAGCAUCUCCUGCUGCCCAGAUGCUCCCAGGAGCCUGGACACAGGUGACAUUAGCAUCUUCACCAUCUCCAGCCGGCUCUCUGUGAACCGCCGGCUCGCCACCACCUCCAGCAUGGCCAACCUGAUAUAAGGCCUGGGCAGGGCCAACAUGCCCUUCAGUAUGGCAAAUGUGUACUGAUCCUGGGGCAGGGUAAGGCCAUGCCUGCCACCCCUUCAGCAUGGUCAAGCUAAUCUUAAUCUGGGGAAGAGCUGAAAUUUGAGUUGUGCCGUGAACCAACUGCAGUUAUCACUGAAAUGGCCUGGCAUUUGCACUUUACUCAGGCCAGUAGGCCUGAACCCUGGCAAAGACAAGGCGGUUCCUGGAUUGAUUUGAUUUAACUGGAACUUUACGUGUAGAGCACUGGCAUUUUAUUUUUUUACCUCAGCAAAGUCUCCUGUGGCAUUUACUGUCCAUCCCUCUGACACACCAGUGUCCGUGCUCUGAAGGAUGAAGAUGAAGGUGAGCAUGUCCUGGUCCUGUUGGAAGCCCUUGCUGCUCUGAGGAGAUCCUGAAGUGUUUGGCGCUAAAAUAGUCUGUUUCUCACGUAAGAGUCUUGCAAUCUACUGGCUGGCAGGGCUAUGACUAUACGGUGGAGGAGUCUCCUAUAGCUCUGGGGUAGAGCUGCUCCUUGGGGAUCCAAGUCCUAGGAUUGUUUUCUAACAAGCUGUGCCACUGUGAGCCUGUGCAUGUGUCCCUGAGACGCCAAGCCUGCUAUGGUGACCUGUGCCAAGCUUCUCUCCAGCAGCGCAGCAUAGAGCCAUGUCCCCACCGCCAGAAAGGCGAGCAGCCUGCUGUGAGCGUUGAUAUCUGACAAAGAAGGGGACGUGGGCUGAAGCACCUUGUGGCCUGCUGGGUAUGAGUGCAGAGCUGUGUGCAUGUGCAUAUCCAUAUGCGUGACUGUGUGAAAAAUCGGGAUGGGGUCAAGGGGGAAUACGUGCCUCUAUAAGAAAAAGCCUAAAGAAUCGGGACUGUUCCUCUACAAUCGGGACAUCUGGUCACCCUACUGUGGGGAGCUGGCAUGGGGAGGGAUAGUGUAUGUAGAUAGCAGUGCAGAUGGGGUGGAUACAUCGGUGUGAGUGGCACAGAUGAGUGCAAGUGCUGGAUAUGUGCAAAAAUGCAUCUGUAUGUGUGAUGUCUUUUUGUGUUUGAGGCCUGCAAAUUAACUGGCAUGCAAAUUAUAGCUGUGUAAUAAGCACAUGCCCUGACAUGUAUGGCUUGAUUACAGUGAGCGUAUAUGUGCAGCCCUUAAGCAGGGCCCUCCCUCCCGCAGCCAUUCCUUAAACUAGACAGAUUUAGCUGUUUCAAUCGCUUCCCCAAACCUGUCCCCUCUACCCCUGAUCACUGAUGCUCUUCCUUGAAAUCUCUUCAAUUUGCAGGUACUCUUUGGGGGGUUGUGGUUACUGGAACUGAGCGCAGUAUUUCAGGAGCAAUUGUACCAGAGCUGUAUACAGGAGAACUAUUCCCGGCGCACUCUGGCAUAAUACUUCUGGGUGCAACCCCAAACCAUGCUGGCUGAUAAUGCCACGAGAUCCUAGUGAAAAUUCCUGUAUGACCUGAUCUGUUGUCACAGUCGGUCUCUCCCAGCUUUCUCCCUGCCACUGAACUACGCUGUGAUGUUCUGCCAGAUUAAUUACUUGCAUGUAUCCAGGCAAACUCUCAUUUUGUUAGUCUCUGCCUGGGUCUAAGUGCUGUAGGUCCCUCUCUGUCAUUUCUCCAGCCCGUCUGGGUCUUGCAGCUCCGAUCAGGUUAGGAUCAUCUGCACCUUUUAUUAAGAUGCUGUUUCCGCCCUCUUCUUCGACACUAAUUAAGACA